UGACGUCAUCAAUGGGCGACGAAAACUGAACUCGGCGAACGUCUCUCGCUUGCGGACAGUAAAUCUGAAAACAGCGAAUGAGCCGAAUGUUUCGUGCUGUUGAGUUGAGGUGACUUUUGAAAGUAUCUCAUCACCUGGCGGUGAAGCAGCAUUUUGGAUUAACUGGAGGCUGUAUAAAGAACAGUUUGAACAUCUAGAAAGAAACUGAGGAGCUGUGUGACUUUGACAGACUUCUGUUCAUGCGAGGAAGAAGUAACUGCCCAUUACGGUAACGCCACGAUGGAUGUGAAAGAGGAGACGUAUGAGACAGACAUAAAUAACUUGGAGAUCAUAACUGUGAGUAUUAAGGAGGAAGAGGAGGACUGUCCAUGGGAGUUUGUCCACCCUGAGCAGAACGGUCUUGACAUUCAGGAGGAGGGUUCCGAACUGAUGACUGUGGGCAUUAAGGAAGAGCCCAAGGAGAUGGCUGUAAGCUUUGAGAAGCCCAAACGUAAAAGUAGAAAGUGUGGUGACCUCGAGGUAAGGUCUGAAUCAAGACAGGCUGUUAAAGCUCUGGAAGAUCAGCCAUCACCUUCAAAUCACUCUGGAGAAAGAGAUAAACUGCACUACUGCUCUGAAUGUGGCAAACGAUUCUGCGACAGAAGUACUCUUCAGAAACACACUAGGAUUCACACUGGGGAGAAGCCAUACUACUGUUCUGAAUGUGGCAAGCGAUUCUCACAAGUCAUCCAUCUGCAGAGGCACACACGAAUUCACACCGGAGAAAAGCCAUAUUCCUGUUCUGAAUGUGGCAAGCAAUUCUCGCAAAUCACCCAUCUUCAGACCCACACCAGAAUUCACACUGGGGAGAAGCCGUAUUCCUGCUCAGAAUGUGGUAAACAGUUCUCUGUCCGUAGCAGCCUUCAGACUCACACAAGAAUUCAUACCGGAGAGAAGCCAUAUUGCUGUAAUGAAUGUGGGAAACGAUUUGCACAGCUGAGUGGUCUUCAGAAACACAAGCACAAACACUGACGAUGAGCCCUACUGCUGUGUGAAUGACGUAAAUGGUUACUUUACAGGCGUAGUCUUGUAACCCAGUCAAGAAUUCAUGCAGAAGAGAAAAGUUGCUGCUCUUCUACUUGUGGCAAACGGUUAGCACAAAUGGCCACUCUUCAGACCCACAUAUGAAUGCUUACUGGAGAGAUUAGCACAUUACUGUUCUGAUUGUGGUAAAUGAUUCUCUGGCUGCAGCCAUCUUAAGAGAGCUGAUACAGGAGAACAACAUCACUGCUGUUUUGAAUGUGGUGGAUCCUUUGCUAACAGAAGUGCUUUUCAGAAUUCACUUACGUGAGUGUUCCUGAGGGAGUAAUUUGAGUGGCCGGGGAAAGAAACGAGGAAGGAGUCUAAACUAAACUCCCAAGUCUUAAAACAAGUAUAUUCUCGAGGUGGGCUUCAUUGGAUAACAUGCAUACCAAAUGUCAAUGAGGCAAAAAUGCUGUCAAAGUGUGGGAAGGAUCCACCAUACAGCAGUGUUAGAACGUUAGAGAGGAUAUGCAGCAUCGUUCAUGAUACCAAUCAACUUGCUCUUUAUUCCCUCCUCUGCUGUUACCUCUAGCAGGUCUAGAGAGUGUCCCAUAAUUGAGCUUACCUUUUUGAUUAGCUGGUUGAUUUGUGGCCUUCUCUUUUUACUGGCUGAGCACCUUACAUGGGUCAUCACAGUUAUCAAGUAGGUAAAGGAUGUCACUACCUGCACUGUGGAAUACAGUCAUCUCAUAACA